UGUUUUGUGUUCAACUCUUUCUCAGCUUCAACUUCUUGCUCUCUCUGUUAAAGGUUCGGUAAGCCGUAUCGGACUUGGUUCGUAGAAGCCGGAGUUGCCAUGUCCGAUUUCUAUACCUCGACUCACCGUGCCAGGUGGAUCUUCUCUCCUCAGGAGCUGGUUGACAAAUACAAAGCUGCUAACCAGAGAGCUAUUCAAACUUUGGAGAAGUAUGGAGCUACACUAAUGGAAGUAGAUGUUGAUGGGUCACUGUCUUUCCCUGAGCCUCAAGUUAAAGAGAAUGCAGACAAGCAUUCUCGUUCAAAACCCCUUAAUAUUGAAGAAGAGCACUUUAUUCGAGUGUUCUAUGAGAAUAAACUCCAAGAAGUUUGUAACAACUUUCAUUUUCCUCAUAAAAUUCAGGCAACAGCUCUCAUAUAUUUCAAAAGGUUUUUUCUGCAAUGGUCAGUUAUGCAACAUCAUCCAAAAAACAUAAUGCUGACCUGUAUAUAUGCAGCAUGUAAGAUAGAAGAAAAUCAUGUAUCAGCAGAGGAGCUUGGUAAGGGAAUCUCCCAGGAUCAUCAAAUGAUACUCAAUAAUGAGAUGAUAAUUUAUCAGAGUCUCGAUUUUGAUCUUAUUGUUUAUGCACCCUAUCGAUCUGUUCAAGGCUUCAUUAAUGAUAUGGAGGAAUUUUGUGGAUCAGUGGAUGAUCAGCUUCAAGGGUUGACGAAUUUGCAUGAAUCUGCAAAAAUGGAUGUUGAUAAGAUCAUGCUCACUGAUGCUCCACUUCUGUUCCCUCCUGGACAGCUGGCAUUGGCUGCUUUGCGUAGUUCAAAUGGGGUGCAUAAAAUUAUAGACUUUGAGAGAUAUCUAACGAGAAUUCUUAGCCGUCAGAACACUGAACACACUAGUUCAGAGCUCAUUGAAUCUCUAAAUGCAAUAGACUCUUGGGUAAGGAAAUACAAGUUUCCUUCAGAAAAGGAUCUGAAGCACAUCAAUCGUAAACUGAAGUCUUGUUGGGGUCUCAGCUCGCACGAUGAUAGCAAGAAACGUGAGAAGAAAUCAAAGCAUAAGUUGAAGAAGAAUUCAAAUGAGCAAACCUUACCUUCUCUUAACGAAUAGUAAACUAGCGUGUUUGAUCCUCACCUCUUCUAAUUGGCCUGUUGUUGGUGUGGAGAUGAGUCUUCAAGUUGAUGCUUCUAUUGUUGAUAACUUUACUGGUCUUGGUUUGGUUCAGCGAAGUGUUGAGGAUUCGAAGGCGGUCGUUGGGAUGCACUGCUGCUUUGUUGGUAGUGUUUUGGAAGUAGAAUUCUUGGCCAUUAAACACACUCUUUUGCUAGCUUGUGAAGAGGGGAUACACUCUGUAUUUGUGGAAUUGAAUUCGUCCUUAGCAGUUUAGGCUCUUGUUUCUAGAGAGCUUUCCUUUGUUUGGGGCUCUUACCUAAUUUUUAAAGAAUAUCUUACUGUGAUUCAUAAGUUUGUUUUUGUGUUCUUUAAAUUUAUUCCUUGCGUGUAUAACUUUGUUACUGAUCGCAUGUUGGGUUUUGUGCCCUAAAUAAAACCUAUUUUAAUAUAAUCAGAUUUACUAAUUAAUAAA